CAGCAAGAGAAAAAAUGAAAAUAAUCUCCAGUCACCUCCUCUCCAUACGAUGAUAAUUUUCAGCAGUAUCUUUGUUUUGCUUUUGAAACUGUGCUUUGGAUUUUGAACCGUCACAUUGUAUGAUCCAGAGUUUGGAAUAAUCAUGGAAAAAACGUUGAACGUGUCGCAUUCAGGGAGCAGUAAAGGAAAGUGGUCCGCGGAUCUGGGGAAUCCCGCACACAGACAGGCAAGAAGCGGCUCGUAUAGUCCCGGAACAGGGGCUGUCUCGGACACUCACCCGUCUCAGACCCAAAAGAGACACUUGGAGGGGGUUUUGAACAAAUAUACCAAUUUACUACAAGGCUGGCAGAACAGGUAUUUUGUGUUGGACCCUGAGCUCGGCCAGCUUCAGUAUUUCAUCAACGAGCACAGUAAGAACCAGAAGCCACGAGGGUCCCUGCCCCUCAUCGGCUCCUCAGUGGCCCCAUGCGAAGAGUUUCCCUAUAUGUUCACAGUCUGUGCUGCAAAUGGAGAUUUCUUCAAACUGCGGGCUUGUGAUGCGCGUGAGCAGCAGAUGUGGAUGACCCAGCUUCAGCUGUGCGCCCGUCGCCACUCAGACGGCAGUGCCAAGGGCUGCACCUCCUCCUCCUGCAACACAUCCUUUUCCUCCUCCACUGGCCGGACCCGCAGCUUCUCCCUGCACCCGCACCCCAUCCCACAGUGCUCCUCCAUCUCCGCCCAAAGACAGACCCCCCAGCACGGGACACCUGCCUCUGUCAUCACCAUCACCCACCACAAGUCUCCCACCGCCAGCCAACGGACCUGCAGUCAGCAUCCUGCAGGACUGUACCAGGUCAAAGAGGUCAUGUCCCAGGCAGAAGGCCAACAGAAGAACCUGGUGAAUUCCAUCGAGUCGUUGCCGAGCCGCGGGCCGCUGUCCUCCCUGGACCAGGACCUGCUCCUGCUCAAAGCCACGUCUGCAGCCACACUCAGCUGUCUGGGAGAAUGCCUGAGUAUCCUUCAGCACAACGUGUGCCAGGCGGCCCAACACAUCACCCACAGCCACAUGCAGGGAUCGAAUACAGAUAACGUCUCUAAUUGGUCAAGGCCCAAAACCGCCUCAGAAGGCCAUGUGAAGAUUGGAGAAUUGACACAUAACAACACCUCAACUAGACAUCAGCCCCACUCUCCACUUCACAGGAACAAUGAACGGCUCAAAGACACAGAGAGAAACUCUGUUAUCAGCAUUCCCACAGGGAACUGCUCCAGCAGCACUGCUUCGGGCCGCAGCACGUUUGACCCGUCUGGAGCAGAGAUCCAGAGACAGGGAGCCGAACUGCACCCACCCUCUUCAGCUCUCUUGUCUCUGGGAAACAGAUUGUGUUCUGCUGAAGAGUGUGUGCCCUGUGCCCUGUGUUUUACGUUAGGAGUGUUACAUCUCUUGGAGCAUGAUGAGGAGUAUGUGUUCACGCUGCCGUCUGCCUACGCUCGCUCCAUCCUCACAGUGCCCUGGGUGGAGCUGGGCGGGAAAGUUUCCAUCUGCUGCGCCAAAAGCGGAUACUCUUCCACCGUCACAUUCCACACCAAACCCUUCUACGGAGGGAAGGUUCACAGAGUCACGGCUGAGGUAAAGCACAACCCCAGCGGCACCAUCGUCUGCAAGGCUCAGGGGGAGUGGAACGGAACGCUGGAGUUCACCUACAGCAGCGGAGAGACCAAAGUGAUUGACACCUCCAAAUUGCCGGUCAUUAAGAAGAAGAUCCGGCCCCUGGAGAAACAGGGCCUGUAUGAAUCGAGGAGGCUGUGGCAGCAUGUGACAGCGGCACUGAAGGCCGGAGACAUCGAUGCGGCCUCUGAAAACAAACACCAGUUGGAGGAGAAGCAGAGAAGAGAAGGGAAGCAGAGAACGGCCAGCAGUACCACCUGGAAACCCAAGUACUUCAUUAAAGAGGGGGACGGAUGGGUGUACCACAAUUCUCUGUGGAAGACGAAGUGAUGAAGUCAAGCUGGAGCCACAUGAUUUGGGUCCGUCUCAGACCUCCAGCCCUGCGGAUGUGAGCGAGGGGCUGGCCGACCAAUGGGACUCAAGCAGCAGGAAAAGACAUUGAUCCAUUUCUCCAACUCCUCUCAUGGAGAAUGGAAGGUGCCAAAAACAAAAAAUGAACUCGAAGGUGGUAAGGAAAAAAAAAAAAGACCUUAAAAGCCCCUCUGGAUAAUGAAGAUUUGAUCUGGUAAUCAAUACAGAGUAAAAUGAUUUUUCACACAGGAGAGAUGUAGCAUCUGUAUCAGAGUAUAAAUGUUAUAUAACUGUUAUUUUAGAACACCAUAAAGGCAGAUAUUGAUGCAUUCUGGGUAUUCGAGAGCAGUGAUGUAUUCAUGUUCAAUAGAGCUCACCUCUCAUGUUCUUACCAUUUUAUUUGAAUGACUAAAUCCCUUUAGAUUUAAUUACCAUGAGGACAGUAUUGUGCCUCAGUUGAACUUCCUGAAGAAAGAAUAAAAUGGAUAUUUAAAGGAAUAGAUUUUAAAAUCAUGUGCAAAUGUAUUUUUCCCUCAUGAUGAUUUAGUAAGGUCAGUGAUAUGCAUGCAUUUUAUUCACUUCACUUUUCAUUAAAUCCAAGUUGGUUUCUAAAAGGUAGAUUUACUUCAGGAGUUUGACCUUUUCACACGUUUUAAUUUUUAACCACACAACACUUUUUGUUUUUUGUUUUUUAAACAGAAACCAAAACUAUUUCUGCAGAAUCAAAUGCUGUUGGUGUUACUCAGCUCACAUGGUCACACAUAUACACACGAUACAAAUAAAAAAUGCACAUUGUAUUGAAUGCUAGUUGUUUUAAUGAGGUGCAAAAUACAGCCUAUUUUUGUUUUCUCUCAACAAAUAGU